AUGUCAGUCAUGUUGUGGUUCAACUACAUGGAUUCAACGGAUAUGGAGUUUGAUGGAACUGCAACUGAUGCUUUAAAAAAUGAAGGAGAUGCAGCAGAAACGGAUGCCAAUACAAAUAUCGUUGAUGUUGAUUCAACAAAUGAGACAUCAGAUGUUCCAAAUCCACCAAAAAGAAGGAAGGCGUUUAAAAAAUCCAUGGUUUGGGAUCAUUUUAAGAGGCUAAAAGGUGAUCCUAAAGACCCUCAUACUCAAUGUGAGUACUGUGGUGUUGUCUAUGCAUGUCAUUCCAAACGUAAUGGUACUGGGACUAUGAAGAAUCAUUUGGAAAAUUAUAAACAAUACUCUUACCAGAAAAAGAGAGAUCCAGCCCAAGUGACAUUAUCUUUCAAAACUAAAGCCAAAGACAAUUUUGAGGAUAAUACAUCACAACUUAUAUGUGAGUCAUAUAGUUUAAAGAGUUGUCGGGAAGCGUUGGUUGAAAUGGUAAUUGUUGACGAAUUGUCAUUCAAGUUUGUGGAGGGUAAAUGA